AUGUCGGCUCUGAAAGACCUAAUUCCCGUGGUGAAUAAGUUGCAAGACAUCGUCACCAACACCAAUCUGGCAGAUUUAGACCUGCCAAUCUUGACAAUAAUCGGAUCGCAGUCAUCUGGUAAGUCUUCUGUGCUGGAGAAUAUUAUUGGAAAGGAUUUUUUGCCUAGAGGUACCGGGAUCGUGACCCGUAGACCUUUGAUUCUCCAACUUAUCAACAUCGAAGAGGAUGAUCAAUUGAUCUACAAGUCGCCACCACCCGUUUCCAAUUCUGAGCUGACCUUGGAAGAGCAUUUGAAGCGCGCUUCGGGUGAUGAUGCCCCACCUUCAGAGUGGGGAGAGUUCCUGCAUAUUCCCGGAAAGAGAUUCUACAACUUCGACGAGAUCAGAAAAGAGAUCGAAAACGAGACUGCAAGAGUUGCCGGUAAAAACAAGGGCAUCAGCCGUAUACCCAUCAACUUGAAGGUUUAUUCUCCAAAGGCCCUGAACCUUACGAUGGUUGAUUUGCCAGGUUUGACCAAGAUCCCAAUUGGAGAUCAACCAACGGAUAUCGAAAGACAGAUCAAGAACUUGAUCUUGGAGUACAUUGCAAAGCCAAACUCGAUCAUCCUGGCUGUCAGUCCAGCAAAUGUUGAUCUUGUCAACUCUGAAUCUUUGAAGCUAGCUAGACAAGUUGACCCUCAAGGAAAGAGGACUGUUGGUAUCUUGACCAAGUUAGAUUUGAUGGAUCAGGGAACCAACGCCUACGACAUUCUUGCUGGCAAGGUAUAUCCUUUGAAACUUGGAUUUAUUGGUAUUGUCAAUAGAUCUCAGCAGGACAUAUCUACCAAUAAGUCAUUAGACGAUAGUUUGCAAGCGGAAGAGGACUUCUUCCGCAGCCAUGCUGCCUAUAGAAACCUUUCAAGCAAAUGCGGUACUCGGUACCUUGCCAAAACCUUGAACCAAACCCUCAUGAACCACAUAAGAGAUAGACUGCCAGACAUCAAAGCCAAGCUCAAUACACUCAUGGGCCAAACAGAGCAAGAAUUGGCCUCGUAUGGUGAUAUGGGGAUUGUUUCUGAAGAAAACAGAAGCUCGUUGAUAUUGCAGCUAAUGAACAAGUUCGCGAACAGCUUCAUCAACUCCAUUGACGGUAACUCAAUGGAAAUCAGCACGAAAGAGUUGUGCGGUGGUGCAAGGAUCUAUUACAUCUACAAUGAGGUGUUUGGCAAUUCGUUGCUUUCCUUGAAUCCCACGGCCAAUUUGUCUGUCCAUGAUGUUCGCACUGCCAUCAGAAACUCUACUGGCCCAAGACCUUCUCUCUUCGUGCCUGAGUUGGCUUUUGAUCUUUUGGUCAAGCCACAAAUCAAGCUUCUGGAGGGACCAGCUCAUAGAUGCGUUGAGUUGGUGUACGAAGAGCUCAUGAAAAUUUGUCACAACUGUGGUUCCCAAGAGCUUGCUCGUUACCCAAAACUCCAAACCAAGCUCAUUGAGGUUGUCUCUGAACUGUUGAGAGAAAGACUGGGUCCAACAACCAAGUAUGUGGAAAGCUUGAUCGAAAUACACCGUGCCUACAUCAACACAAAUCAUCCCAACUUUGUUGGAGCUGCAGCUGCAAUGGCCAGUGUGGUUGAGGAAAGACAGAAAGAGAGGGACGCUGAGACGAACAGAAAAUCGAUUGAAGAAUCAAGGCGCAGUCAGCAGGAGCAGGUUGAUGGUCAGGCAAACGGUUCUGCUAUCUCUGAGCCAGCUUCUGAGAAUGGAUUUUCUGAUAAAAAGCACAAGGUCGGGAAGCACUCAGAAUCCCAGGAUGAUGUCAAGCGCGGUCCUGCAGACAAAGACUCUUUCUUGAACUUUUUCUUCGGAAAGGACGAGUCUCAGGUAACCCAGCAACAGGAGUUGAUACAAAGGCGUGCGCAGCAGCACCCAUUCCAGCUGCCACUACAGUCAGAUGGUCUGCAGUUCAAUACCCCCCAGUCAUUAGGAAACCUAUCUCAGCAGCUUGAAGAAAUCACCAUUGAGGAGAAGGUCCCAGCUCUAUCUGAAAGAGAGCAACUUGAGUGCGAACUGAUCAGACGGCUGAUUGUUUCUUACUUUGGAAUUGUUAGAGAAAUGAUCCAGGAUCAAGUCCCCAAAGCCAUCAUGUGUCUUCUUGUCAAUUACUCGAAGGAAAGUGUUCAAAAUUGCUUGGUUGCCAAGCUCUAUAAGGACUCUCUAUUUGAUGAGCUGCUUUACGAGGAUGAAAGCCUGGCCCAAGAGAGAGAAAAAUGCAAAACCCUUCUGGAAACAUACCGUGAUGCUGCUGCUGUUAUCAGUGAGGUUAUUUAA